AAAAGACAAGACAAUUCCCAGCAACACACCAAUGGCUCCUUCUCGCUCUCCGGAGCCCGUCUCAGACGAGGUUCACGAAUAUCAAAGCGCCUCCGAGUCCGAGUCCGAGACAGAGCAAACCGACCUACAAACCCGCACCCCCAAAAGACGUCGUCUCUCCGAGUCUUCCACCGACUCGUACGUUGCGCCGGCGCCGCUUCCCACCCUCUCGCGAAUCAAAAAGAAGGGAACCACCGACGAGAAACCCGCGUCGACAGCCCAGGAUGAUAAUCCGGUUCUGAUUCGCGAUGCGAUGGAAAUCGGUCUGCAGGAUGCAGAGUCCUCGUUCAAGGCCCUCAAGGUGGCGCCGUGGCUGGUGGGAUCGCUGACGACCAUGGCCAUCCGGAAACCGACGGCCAUUCAGAAGGCGUGUAUUCCUGAGAUUCUGAAAGGCAGGGACUGCAUUGGAGGGAGUCGCACGGGUUCCGGUAAAACGGCGGCUUUUGCGGUCCCGAUUCUACAGAAAUGGGCAGAGGAUCCGUUCGGGAUCUUUGCGGUCGUGUUGACUCCGACGAGAGAACUUGCCCUACAGAUUUUCGAACAAAUAAAGGCCAUCUCGGCGCCCCAGGGCAUGAAACCCGUGCUCAUCACCGGAGGCACCGACAUGCGACCUCAGGCGAUCGCCCUAGCCCAACGACCGCAUGUGGUGAUUGCAACUCCCGGCCGUCUCGCCGACCACAUCAACACCUCCGGCGAGGACACCGUCCGCGGCCUCAAGCGGGUGCGCAUGGUCGUUCUGGAUGAGGCCGAUCGUCUUCUCUCCCCCGGAGCCGGCAGCAUGCUGCCGGACGUUGGCACCUGCCUCUCGGCGCUGCCUCCCUCCAGCGAGCGCCAAACCCUCCUCUUCACCGCGACCGUGACGCCCGAGGUGCGCGCCCUGAAAGACAUGCCCCGGUCGCCCGAGAAACCGCCCAUCUUCGUGACCGAGAUCGCCACCGAAAGCAAAGACACCAUCCCCCCGACCCUGCGCCAGACCUACCUCAAAGUCCCCAUGACCCACCGCGAAGCCUUCCUGCACGUGCUGCUCUCCACCGAGGGCAACGCCUCCAAACCCGCCAUCAUCUUCUGCAACCAUACCAAGACCGCCGACCUCCUGGAGCGCCUGCUGCGCCGGCUCUCCCACCGCGUCACAUCCCUGCACAGUCUGCUGCCGCAGUCCGAGCGAAACGCCAACCUGGCGCGCUUCCGCGCCUCGGCCGCCCGUCUGCUCGUCGCUACCGACGUCGCGUCCCGUGGUCUGGAUAUCCCGUCCGUCAGUCUGGUCGUGAACUUCGACGUGCCGCGCAACCCGGACGACUACGUGCACCGUGUGGGUCGUACGGCGCGUGCGGGACGACACGGUGAGGCCGUGACGCUGGUCGGGCAGCGCGACGUCCAGCUCGUGCUGGCGAUCGAGGAGCGCGUGGGCCGGCAGAUGGAGGAGUGGACCGAGGAAGGAGUCAGCGUUGAAGGCCGCGUCGUGCGCACCGGCACUCUCAAGGAAGUCGGACAGGCCAAGCGAGAGGCAUCGGGUGAGAUCGAGGAAGGUCGAGACGUGCUGGGACGGAAGAGGAAUAAGUUGAAGAAGGUGCGGUGAUCGAUCUUACUUCUCUUCAAUGAUCCCUUGGAGCCAAAAAAAAAGAAAAUGAUGUUUUGGUUGUUUGUACAUAGAUCUCGGAAGUUUUUGUAUAGCGAAUCAAGUAUGAUGAAUGGAUUGA